UGGCGCAGUUCGGGCACCUCGCAGAGCUCUGUAAAACCUGGGAGAAAGCGGGCCGAAAUGAGUUCCUGAAGCAGUGCCGUGCCCAUGUGGCAGCAGCUACCAACGAUGGCGUCCUGUCGGCAAACACGCAAGGACUGCGCGAUGCCCUGUACGGCUUCAUCCGGCAGUGUCUGCAGGGCACCAUCAAGCCAGAGGUGGCAGCGGUGGCCCUCAGUGAUGUCGCGCACAUGCAUGCCGGUGUGAGCUCUCUGUUAGCUGACAUCUUCAGUAUUGUAGAUAUUGAGACAACAAGUCAGGAAUGCAAACCAGAGACCGAAACGGGGGCUAAAUCAGAGCGGGAGAACUUUGUGGAGCUACUGAGAAAAUGUGUCAGUUUUGUGACUGGGCCAGUUCUGAAGGAACGCAUGGAGUAUGAAACCCUGGGCGAAAUCAAAGUCAUCACCAAGGAUGCCUUCAAACAGAAAUACGUCCGACUGAAAACCAAACUAUUUUACAAGCAGCAGAAGUUCAACCUUCUACGUGAGGAGAGCGAGGGGUACAGCAAGCUGGGGGCAGAGCUAGCCCAGGUGACCUCCAGCCAAAGCAACCACGAGCAACUGCUGGAAAGUAUCAAGUCUCUGAUAGGUUGCUUUGAUCUAGACCCCAACCGCGUCCUGGACAUUAUCAUGGAGGCAUUUGAAUGCACCCCACACAUGGACCAGCUGUUUGUCCCUCUGCUCCAGAACUACAUGUGCGAGCCGCUGACAAUCUGCCACAUGCUGGGCUUCAAGUUCCACUUCUACAAGGAAGAGAACAUCACAACCCCAGAAUCUCUGCAUAGACUAGCUGCCCUGUUACUGCAACAUGAACUGGUUGACUUGGAUAACCUAUAUCCACAUUUGAUGCCGGCCGACACAGACAUCAUACAGGGCUACAAGAAGUCCAUCACCGAGGCCCGCCAGUUCGCUCGCAAGAUGACCAUCGUUCUCCUGUCGGACAGAGAGAAGGAGGAAGAGGAGGCGGAGAAGGAGAAGAAAGAGAACAAAGAUGACAAGCCCCCCGAUAACCAGAAACUGGGCUUGAUUGAAGCCUUGCUGAGGAUCGGUGACUGGUCCCACGCCCAGAAGCUGAUUGACAGGCUGCCCCAGUACUGUGCCGUAGCUAAACGGCCUGUGGCCAACGCCCUCUGUGACCUGGUCGGUGCACUGAUCGAUCCCCUGUACAAGCAGUUUGGCAUGCCCAAGGGAGCGAAGAGCAUAGUCCUCUCCCCUCCAGCUGGCUGCAAGUCGGUAGCCGUCCCAGCGCGGAUCCUAGACCUUUGCCCGGCCUUCAGGAUGUGCAACUACCUGGGUCCCUACGCCGGCGCCCAGCCGGCCCUGCUCUGGAAGCUGGUCAGACUGGGCAAGACGCUGAUGAGCAAGAGAGCAGCCGCCAGUGAAUCAGAGAGGGACCAGUGGGAGGAGGUCUACCGUCAGUUGCUGUCGCUGAUCGAAGGGACCCUGCUGCCUUCCAUGAGCACGCUAGACAACAACGCUUGCCUGUCCGAGGAGAUGUGGAGCUUGCUGAAACUCAUGCCUUACAACAUCAGGUACUGUCUAUACGGCCGAUGGAAGAACAGUACGUAUGCCAUCCACCCUCCCCUGAUUCGAAUCAAAGCGGUGACCACUGACCGGGCCAAGUACAUCAUGAAGCGACUGACCAAGGACAACGUCAAGCCGCUGGGCAGGCAGAUCGGCAAGCUCAGCCAUGUCAACCCCGGCAUCCUCUUUGAAUAUGUCUUAUCGACCAUCCAACGGUAUGAUAACUUCAUUGGCCCAGUGGUGGAUUCCUUAAAGUAUCUCACCUCACUAUCGUACGAUGUGCUGGCGUACUGCGUGAUAGAAGCCCUAGCCAACCCAGAGAAGGAACGCAUGAAGCACGACGACACCAACCUGUCAUUGUGGAUACAGAGUCUGGCAAGUUUCUGUGGCACCAUGUUCCGCAAGUACAACAUCGAGCUGACGGGCCUACUGCAGUACGUGACCAACCAGCUCAAGGCGGGCAAGAGCUACGACCUGCUGAUCCUGCGGGAGAUCAUCGUCAAGAUGGCAGGCAUCGAGAUCACCGAGGAGAUGACCCCUGACCAGUUGGAUGCACUGGCGGGGGGCGAGCUCCUCCGUGCCGAGGGCGGCUACUUCUCCCAGGUGCGCAACACCAAGAAGUCCUCGCAGCGCUUGAAGGACGCGCUGCUGACAGACCACCUGGCGGUGGCGCUCUGCAUGCUGAUGUCGCAGGAGCGUUUCAACGUGGUCUUCAAGGGGGGCUCGGACGGCCACGUCAAGCUGCUGGGCCAGCUUCACGAUCAGUGUCAAGACACCUUGGUGCAGUUGGGCAACUUUCUGGCCAACCAGCUGGGCACUGAGGACUACGCCAAGCACCUGCCCGCCCUGUCCACCAUGGUCACCGAGUACCACCUCACGCCAGAAUGUGCCUUCUUCCUCUAUCGGCCCAUGUGCAUGCAUGCCAUCAACUCUAAAUUUGACGAGCUGCGCAAGCAGGAGCGAUCGGCCAACAACAGCCAGAAGUUGAGCAGCCUACAGAAGAUGCAAUGUUAUGUCACCGCCGUGCAUACCGUAUUAGCCUCGUUGGUUGAGAGCGUACGGGCGCUGCACAUACCCAAAGUGUGGGAUGACAUCAGUCCUCAGUUCUACUGCACCUUCUGGACCCUGUCCAUGUACGAUCUCUACGUCCCCAGCAUUAGCUAUGAUAAGGAGGUCAACAAGAUCCGCGCCCAGGUCAACAGCCUAGAGGACAACAAAGAUAUGGUUUCGACUAAACGUAAAAAGGAGCGUGAGCGUCACAACAUGAUCAUGGACAAGCUGCGAGACGAAGAGAAGAAACAAGCAGAGCACUGCAGUCGGGUACUGGCAAGGCUCAAGAGUGAAUGUGAAAACUGGUUCACUGCGAGGUCCACCAAGAACGAGACCAUCACCCAGUUCCUGCAGCUGUGCAUCUUCCCCCGCUGCUGCUUCACGGCCAGCGACGCCCUGUACUGCGCCAGGUUUGUCCUUACCGUGCACCAGCUCAAGACCCAAAACUUCUCCACGUUACUCUGCUAUGAUAGGGUGUUUCAAGACAUCACCUAUACCUUGGCCAGCUGUACGGAGAAUGAGGCCAGCCGGUAUGGUCGCUUCCUUUGUGAAAUGCUGAAGACUGUCCAGAGAUGGCACAGUGACAAGGUCAUCUAUGAGAAGGAAUGUGGUAACUACCCUGGCUUUGUGACUGUGCUAAGAGCCAGCGGGACCGAGUCCAGUAACAAGGCAGACCAGCUGGACUACGAGAACUUCAGGCACGUCUGUCACAAGUGGCAGUACAAACUCACCAAGGCGGUUGUGUCAUGUCUAGAGUCCAAGGACUACACCCAGAUCAGGAACACGCUGAUUCUUCUGACAAAGAUUCUGACGUUCUUUCCGCUCGUGCUGAACCUUAGUGCAGUGCUGGAGAAGCGGGUGGACAAGAUCCGAUUGGAGGAGAAAGACAAGCGACCGGACCUCUUUGCUCUGGCCAUGGGUUACUCCGGUCUGCUGAAGGCCCGUAAGCCACACAUGAUCGCUGAGGACCAGUUUCACUCCAAAGACACCAAGGCCCAACCCACCUCUGCGGCCACUUCGAAGAAAGCCUCAGCCCAGCCCUCAGCCACGCCCACAGCAAGCCCAGCAACCUCUGCCGACAGAGCCGACUCUUCAGCCGCCACAGGGAAGGAAUCCUCAGUGGCCUCUCAAGAAAAACCAUCAGGAACCAGACCGUCCAGCAACCACCCCACCGCACCAGUCAAGAAGUCCUCUAACUCUGCCAGCAGUAGCCCUGUAGUCGUCAAGGCAGAACCAAGAUCCGAGGAGAGGAAGGAGGAGAAGGUCACGAAGGAGGCCAAAGUUCAUGGCGAGGACAAAGGUCAGAAGGAGGACAAGGGCAAGAACCACAAGGACAAAGUGCGCAGGAAGGAGGAGAAGACGCUGAGGUCGGAGAAGAGCUCGUCGGAGGAGGUGAAGAAGGAGUCGCGAAAGAGCGGCAGCAAAGAGCUGGAGAAGACGCCCAAGAGCAGCGAAGAAGGGAAACACAGGGACUAUGAAAAGGACAGGCAAGAGAAGAGAGUGCCCUCUGCUGAGCAAGGCCAAGACAAGACCCACAAGUCCAAGCGGACGUCCGGCGUGGAAGUGGACGCGCGGGAAGACAAGCGCAGCAGCAGCGAGCGGCUGCAGCGGGGGGAGAGCAUAGCCUCCAACUCCAGCCAGGCCUCCUCGGGGGCCGGGUCGCGCCGGGUGUCACCUGGAAGGGAGGCUACCACCGAAAGGGAGCAUAAACGGCGCAAGGUAGGCCACCAGUCUCCCAACACCUCCACUCAGACACAAGAGAAGGGCAGGGAUGCGGAAAGGGACUCGUACGACCGCGGCGAGAGAGACAGGGAGAGCCGACGGGACAAGGAGAAGAAGACGGGAGAGAAGAAACGCGAGCACUCGGAAGGGGAGCGAGAUGGGGGCCACGAAUCCAAGAGGAGGAAAGACGAAGAGUCAGGUGGGAGGAAGUCCUCGUCUUCUCCCAGCGCACGGGAGGAGAGGGAUCGGCAGAAGACUCCCAAGACCAGUAGCAGUCGGCCCACCAGCUCAGGAGACGCCACGGUCAACGGGGAGCGGUCGUCCGGCGCCAAGAAGGAUACCCCCAAAGAGCGAGAACGCAGCAGCUCCAAGUCCCGCAAGGAGGGGCGAGGUGAAGAGGAGAAGUCCUCCAAGCGGGAAUCACGCGGUGGAGAGGACGGGCGGAAGGAGGACGUCAGGAAGGAGGAGGCGAGAAAGAGCAAACGCGAGGCCAAGGAGGAGGAAGACGACAGACAUCAUUCCAGCUCUCGCAAGCGACGCCCUUGAUGAUUGGCUGCUGUGGGGUCAUGAAUAUUCAGGACUUCAUGAAUCUUCAGAGUGCAUAUAUCACUGGUCUCAGUGAAAUGACUCGCGUGCAAAUUUGACACCUGAUCUUUUGUUGUUUUUUAAAGCCGGUGCACUGACAAACUGGUUAGAGAAUUAAUUUGUGUUCAAAUACUUGGGGUGCUGAAUUCACUAAUCCAGUGAUGACUGUGCAUACACAGUGGGCUGUCAUGAGCAAAACAAGUGUGGAAUAAUCAGUGGGAGUCCAGUUGUCUGUCAUGUCUCUCAAGUGACUCGUGGCAAAUGAAUUGUGAAUUCUUUUUUUUUAUUAUGGACCAACUGUCAGACAUUUGAUUGGAUAUAAUGUGCACUCUACCCGGCAUGCAACUUGGACUUUGAUAAAAAAAAAACUAAGGAAUUUCCAAUCUGUACAAGACUUUGUACAGUGUUUUUCAAUUUUCAGUGGCACGAGCGUGAAGUGAAAACCAUGGAAAUCCGCCGAUCUGAAGAAAAGUUGCAUGCUUGUUUACAUGCACAAUAUCCAUUGGUUCAGCAUCGCACAUCAGUGCCAAAGUGGCGCUGGUUACGCUGCACUGCAGUGCCUGCAAGUGGGGCAUUUCUGAUUCCUAGUGGGCAGGGUUUGUGCCUGAGGAGGGGAUGUGAUGAUGGAGGGGCAAAUUUAAGGGCUGCAAGAUUUUGGGGGCAUUUGAAUAAUCAGUGGGCGUUGUAAUGGAGAAAGCCGCUUUAAGUUUUUAGAGAAAGAUGGAAGGGAUGCCAGAGAAGCCAUGUUUUGAUGUUGGCCCAAUAGACCUUUUUCACCCACGUGACUGGAUUGCAUUAAAUGUAAACAACACCACCAUGUGUGGACCGCCUUGGCCACGUUGAUCGCAUAUAUUCCUACGGGCAGCUUCAACCACGUACCAGCGCAUGUCGGCUGCAUGCUUGACCAGUUUAUCUUGAAUAUGUAGAUUACCAUCACAACACUAUGUCCUCAUUACCAUCACAACACAUGGCAGUCCAGCACGAUUGUGACAUCGCAGGAAAAAGGUCUUUAGAUGGUUACCAUGGAAACCCUAGCAGCUGAUUGUCCCAUGCAGAUCUAUAUCUUGGUACAUGUAUUUAGUGAUCUCUAAACCUCCUACUUGAUGAAAAUACAAGGCAUCUUGGCUCAGAGUAAGGGUUAUAUGGCUGCUGCAGAAUUUUAUGCAGAUGCUCCACUGUAUGUGAACUUCAAAGCGAAGCACUUCAUGCAUUGAUCCUGUUUUGAAAGUACCACCAAGUUUAGUCAAGUUGGUAUUCAAUUCAAAGAAAGGUCAAAAUUAAUUUUAACAGGGAACUUUUAGAUGACCCCCCCCCCUUUUCGUCAGUUUUAAUUCGUUAGCUUCUGAUUUUGUGGUCUGGUACUCAAAAUGAAAAUUUAUCGAAAUGGAAAUUGGAAACGGGCACUGCAGUUAGCCUAUUUGAUGUAUGGUGGUUUGGUUUGGGGAAAAUCGUGUGUUCAUUCAAAGGUUACCCGCUUACAAUGGUGCCCUCCUGUUGUGUCCACCACCAUGCUACUUAAAGAGUUAUGGUAACUGGCUAUGUAAGAUUUGUAAGUAGUGAUUGAGAGUUGGAUCACAGAUGUCAUGUGUACUGCGGAGAAAUCUUGUAUUUAAAAAACUGAGUUUGCCGUGUACAUCAAACAUUUUUUUCCUGGGAUUUGAAUUUAUAAUAAAAGAAAUCUACACUGGAAAUAUAAAAAUGUACAUGUACUGAAAAGGUUUAAUUUUAAUUUUAUUUUCAACAUUUUAAGUAAUCCGGUAAUAGAAAGUAAGCACUUACGCUAUGACUGAACAGGGUUGUUAUGGUUACAGCUCACUUUUGUAAUAUUUCUCCCAACGUGCUUGCAACUUCUAAGAAAGUGUUAAUUUUAAUUCUUGUCAAAUGUGAUAAACCUGAAAGUGGUACACUUUA